UUCCAUUGCCCCUGUGUGGGAAGUUGAACACAACAGUUCAUUGCAGCCCUACCAUUAUCACUUCAUAUUGCCGAAAACAAAUAGUAGGUUUUGAUUUACAUAAUGGGGAGGAUCACAGCAAUAUGCUAUGCUGUUUUUGAUUCUACCGGUAUCACGGAAAAUGAAGGUUACGCUCAACGUUAGCUUGUUACUUCCGUUCUUAACGAUUUGACGCUCGGGCCACGUGGAGUGAUACAUUUACCGUGUAACAUUUUUUAACUAUGACCUUCAUUUUAUCGCUUUGGUAUUCACAACGACAUCAGCUUUGUUUACCGUCGCGACAGUGAAAACAUUGAGCUGACUACCACGUUUCUCGUCGCUACAAGUUUCAACCGAACCCCAUAGCACAGGAUGAAGGACCGGACAGACGCCCCACGUGAUAGGGGCUGGUUGGUGGGGAUCACCUUCUUCAUUCUGGGCCUCGGGACGCUGCUACCAUGGAAUUUCUUUAUGACCGCCUCCAUGUAUUUCAAUAGACGCCUCAACAAGGUAGAAUGGAGCAACGGCACGAUGGUGGUCCAGAAAGAGUACUACUUCAACAACUGGAUGACUCUGCUGUCCCAGCUCCCCCUGCUGCUCUGCACUCUGCUCAACUCCUUCUUUUAUCAGCGGAUAUCGGAGAUGGUGCGUAUAGCGGGCAGCCUGGUCUUCAUCCUCGUCCUCUUCAUCCUCACUGCCAUCCUGGUCAAGGUCCCUAUGGAGGAGGACUGCUUCUUCUCUGUUACCAUGGCUACCAUCUGGUUCAUCAACUCGUUUGGAGCGGUGCUGCAGGGCAGUCUGUUUGGCCUGGUGGGCUUGCUGCCUCAGAGGUACAGCGCUGUGUUUAUGAGUGGCCAGGGGCUGGCCGGCACCUUCGCCUCUCUCGCCAUGCUGGUCUCCAUAGCCAGUGACACAGACCUUGAGACGGCUGCGUUGGGUUACUUCAUCACUCCUUGUGUAGGAACCCUGCUCACUCUCCUCAGCUACCUCCUCCUGCCUCGCCUGGAGUUUGCCCAGUUCUACUUGGACAAGAGCAGGAGCUAUGAGGUGGAGACCAUAGACGAGCUGCUGAAAGAGAGUGGCACGGCGCAGAACGGCAAGCUGAAUGGCAAGGCCAACGGCUCAUUGGCCAAUGGUGAUGCCAGCGGCGAGGAGGUGGAGGUAGACGGGGGCAGUCCCAAGCAUAACUUCCUACCCCUGGAGCAGGCUGAGGACAGGGACCGGAAGUCCACCGUCAUGGAGGUGUUUAAAAAGAUAUGGGUGAUGGCGUUCUGUGUGGUUUUUGUCUUCACCGUCACUCUCUCUGUGUUUCCUGCCGUCACUGUGGACGUCAAAACCAUAUACCCUGGGAAAUGGGAGUCCUAUUUCAUCUCAGUGUGUUGCUUCCUCAUCUUCAACGUGUGUGACUGGAUCGGUAGAACCGUCACCACCCUGUUCCAAUGGCCUCCCAAGGAGAGUCAUCUGUUCCCGGUGCUGGUGGUCUCCAGGGUGGUGUUUGUUCCCCUGCUGAUGUUCUGUAACGUCCAGAGGCGCUCCUACCUCCCCGUCCUCUUCUCCCACGACGCUGCCUUCGCCUUCAUCAUGAUGCUCUUCUCCCUCUCUAGUGGCUACUGCGUCUGCCUGUCCAUGACCUACGCCCCACAGCUGGUGGCGUCCAAAGAUGCAGAGACGGCCGGGGCCCUGAUGGCUUUCUUCCUGGGCCUGGGCCUCUCCAUCGGGGCUGGCCUUUCUUUCCUGCUGCGUCUACUUGUCUAGACAGGCACACCAGAGGGACCACCGUCACCAGUCCCUGUUGUUUUCGAACAACGGUCGCCUACAUGGCCAUUCGUAAAUUGAGCGACCACUGCCACCAAAUGCCCUUUUUAUUCCUAGAAGGACCUAGGCUGGGAAUAGAGAGCUGCCUGCAUCAAAAUGUAUUUAGUACUGACCACAAUAGAUAUUAUACAAGCGAUUUGAGUAUUACCUCUCCAUCUGCCACAUACAUACACUAUACUCACUGAAAUAACUGAGAGAAUGGCCUUAAGAGCCGACUUUGAGGGAAUAAUGCUACAUGAAUGCUAGCUACCUACUUCACAAGUGGUUUACAGUGAUAAGAAGGCAUCACUGGUUGACUCCCGGAAUAAUGGACACAGUCAGUACCAGACCGCUCUAAACUUGGGUCGUUUUCGUUAUUUUUGAGUUGGGCCAUUUUAAGGAUUUUUUUAUUGUUGUAUAAAGUUAUUUGUUUUCUUAGCUUUAGAUCUUUUUACGUAAGGCAUUAACUUUAGUCAAGUACUGUAGCUGUGAGUUUUUCGAGAGCUAAUCUAUUGUUACACUAAGUAGUUCCAUUUAUUAUAAUCCUCUCUGGAAACGACAUCAGAGCAAAUCAUACGAUUACCGGCUCUGAAGUUGAUUUACUUAUUCUUUUCAACUACCGUAAUUUCCGGACUAUUAAGCGCACCUGAAUAUAAGCCGCACCCACUGAAUUUAAAACAAAAUAUUAUUUUGAACAUAAAUAAGCCGCACAUGUCUAUAAGCCGCAGGUGCCUACCGGUACAUUGAAACAAAUGAACUUUACACAGGCUUUAACGAAACACGGCUUGUAACAAAAAAUUAGCAGUAAGCUUUAGUUGUAUUUUUGUACUGAGUCAAUUCCUCACGCUGCUGUUUCCAACGUCUUAUCAUCGACUCAUUAAGACCAAGCUCCCGUGCAGCAGCUCUAUUUCCUUUUCCAACAGCCAGAUCAAUCACCUUCAACUUGAAAUCUGAAUUAUAUGCAUUUCUCCGUGUCUUUGCCAUGAUGAGGGUGACAAAAUUACUACGUAAUCAGAAUGAUGGGAAGUUUGAGAGCGCUCGAUUUAAUCUAAACAGUAAACAAAAAAGUUGUUUGACCUUAACCCGUUCGGCAAUUUCAUUGGUCUAAUGAAAGCUUCAUGCCGCCCAAAAACUGAGCACGUCACAGAAUGUGUUUUUUUGGAGAGAAAAAAAUUGAAAGCGGGAAAAAUCCAUAUAUUAGCCGCGUCAUUGUUUAAGCCGCGAGGUUCAAAGCCUGGGAAAAAAGUUGCGGCUAAUAGUCCGGAAUUUACGGUAAACCUUUAAUUUGAUUUAAAACAUACGUUUCAGUUUUAUUGACACAUCAGAACAAAGUUACCAUAUUACACAGAAAACGUGGCCAUUAGUCUGUCGACAUCAGCACAGUCAUAACUUUUUAGCCCAUCGGAGUGGAGAGGACCGCCUAUGGCGUGUUCAGUAGAGUAAAACGGAUGUCAUGGACAGGAAAAAACCCUAUUCACCAUUCCACAUUAUAAGAUUAUCGUGUCUGCUCAAUUAUGUUACCUUUCUAUCUGUGACUCAUCGUUUCAACCACCUGACCUAGGUGUCACAGUCAUCCGAUUGCCCUGUGUCUGACUCACUUCCUGUUUACGCGAGGAUAAUGGCCCAGUAGGACUGGUUUUAGAAACAAAAUAUGUUUAUUGACAGGACCACUCCAGCCCCCUGUUAGCCAAGCUGCUUCUGUUUCGAUGUAUUUUCACGAGAGGGCAGGCAGGUUAUGGGAGCCUAAAAAUAUUCCUAACCCAUUCCUGUCCUCUGUUCUAAGGGUACUGUCGAGUCUGACCUUAACACCAUUCCGCUUGGCCAACCUACCCAGUCACUUUGUUUAAAUAGAAUUUUUGCCUUAGGUGCGGUGUACAAAGGCGUGCUGUUCCAGCUAACUCAAAAAGGAAAAACCUAGGCUUCAUGCUUUGUCGUAAGCAAGGGUGUGUUUGUCUCUAUGUAAUUAAAUGUUUCAUGUCUGACAAUGACCACGAAAAAGUGGCAGCUAUUCUGUAGGGUUGAUGAGGUGAAUUGGUUGGAUUUAAAGUAAUGGUUUUGUUUCGCUGUUGGUCAUUUUACUAGAGUAAACUAUAGUGUUUGAAGUAGGAUCACAGACUAGAAUGGCUUCUAGCUGUCAUUGAUUGACGAGUUAGCUCUGGGCAAGGUGUCUGUAUCUGCCAAUCUUUGAGCUUCAUACUUCAUAGAGUGUCACACAGACAGUGGGAGUACUAGCUAAACUGCAUUACAGUAGGCCAUUAUAGGGCCUUACAUUUUAAGACAUUACCAUAACACUAAAUCACAAUUCGAGACACAAUUCUCUGCCAAUUUUCAUUUAUUGAAUGUGUCAUGGCCACAAUGACUGACUUGGAGUCAGAUUUUACAUUUUUAAACUGCCAGUAUUAAGAGUGCCAUGAACACAAUAAAUGACAACAAAUCACUUUAUUUUCUAAAACUGGGCUUUCAAGCUAUAGAUUUUUAGGACUAUAAAUGUAUUUAUUUUUGCCCAUUUCCAGUUUUGUUCUAGAAAUGAACGCAAUGAUUAGAACCUUACAAACUAUUGCAUGAACCAUUUUGUGUGUGUUUGCUCUUUUUUGGUUUCUAGACUUUCUCCAUUACUCUUAUUUUAUUCUCCAUUGUUUUAUUGUUUAAUGCUCCGGAACUUGUGACUUCUAAGUAUUUUUUUAACCUUCCACUUUGGGCUGUGUCAAGGUGUAAUUUAUACAUGCGUAGUCUAUGAGCAGAAUUACUGUCUUACCUCAAUUAGCAACAAAAUCCCUAGUUUGAAAGCCACUUUUUCUAGAAGCUGUUUCAUUUUCCCCGACAUUUUCCCCCACGUUGGGCCAACAUAGCAAUUCGAGUUAUAGCCAUUUGAGUGACCGCUAGCAAGAUGCACACACAGCAGUGGGAGAGCCAUGACGUGGUGGACAUAUCUGCACGUGACGUAGUAUGCAAUUUUCGGGAACCGCUUUUGGCUCAUGAGCGCUACUUUCACAACUACUAGCUAAAAGGUAUACAAAAGUACCAGAGAAUCUCUUUAUUCUAAUUUCCCUCUCAUGAAAUCUUUGCUUUUGAUUUGAUCAAGGUGUAUGAGUGAGUUUUCGGAAUGGAGUGAACUAAGUCAUAAACGAGGUACCAGUGCAUAAAGUGUUAUUGAGUGAAACAGCCGUUUGGUUUCAAAAGGGCUGGAUGAAGGGCUGAUGAGAACAAUGGCCCUGUUUGACCCUGGUUAUGAGAAGAGAGUAUUCUCAGGAAUAUAAAUGCCAUUGUUGCAUACAUGUAUACGGUACACUGUUUUGUUUUAUGGAACCACAAUGGUGCCAAUCAGUUUUAGGUUGUGGCUGUGAGCAGGGCUUUGCUCUGUCAGGGUCGUACUGUAUGAUUGCGCAACAAACAUUUAACAUGCGCUACUACAGCGAAGGGAAUCGUGGCUAUGUCUAUGUACAUGUUUUGCGUAGUUAUUCUGUGUUGAGGAAUUUGACUUGCUGUUGGAAUAGUUUUUAUGCCAUUAAAUGGAUUGUUUUUA